AUGGGAAAACAAAAUGAAACCACGGUGAUGGAAUUCAUUCUCUUGGGCUUCCCUGGAUCCCUCUCUUUACAGAUCUCCAUCUUCAUGCUCUUCCUCCUUAUGUACAUCCUAACAGUCAUUGGAAACAUGGCUAUUAUAACCCUUGUGAUAACCAAUCACCGCCUCCACACCCCCAUGUACUUUUUUCUCUGCAACCUCUCUUUUCUAGAAAUAUGGUACACAACAGCUUCUGUUCCUAAGACCCUUGCAAUUAUCCUAGGGAAAAGCAGAACUAUCUCCUUCCAUGGCUGCCUCCUGCAGCUGUAUUUAAUUUUCUCUUUUGGCUGCACAGAACAUUUCCUCUUGGCUGUCAUGGCCUAUGAUCGCUAUUUGGCCAUUUGCCACCCACUGCGCUAUAGCUCUAUUAUGAACAACACCUUGUCUACUCAGCUGGCGAUUACAUGUUGGGUGGGUGGUUUUCUGGUUGUCUUAGUACCAAUCUUUCUAAUCAGCAGGUUAUUCUUCUGUGGUCCUAAUGUCAUUAACCAUUUUUGGUGCAACAUGGAUUCCUGGAUAGUACUAUCUUGCACAGACACGCACAAAGUUGAGACAAUUGCCUUCAUUAUCGCAGCGUUUGUCAUCCUUGGCUCAUGCAUGAUUACUCUACUUUCAUACAUCUAUAUCAUAUCAACCAUAGUGAGAAUCCCAUCAGCCAAAGGACGACAGAAAGCCUUCUCCACUUGUUCGUCCCAUCUUUCUGUUGUGAUUAUAUGGUACGGCUCCACUAUUUUUCUUUUCGUCAAGCCAUCUGCCCGGAGUUCAUUGGAGCUGACCAAAAUAGUCACCAUCCUGAACACUAUUGUGACACCCUUGCUAAAUCCUUUCAUUUAUGCUCUGAGAAACAGGGAGGUGAAGGAAGCCUUUUGCAAUGUAUUCCAGAGCACAUGA